AUGGGUUUUGGGACACUGAGUUUAUCCACAGUUGUCCGAUUUGAGGCCACGAAUUUCAAUGGUUUGCCCCCAUCUCGGUCGUCCAAGUCGUUACCUCAUCUAUCAUUCACAAAGCCGUGUUGGAUUGUGAGAACGGAGUCGAAUGUUCGGAGAAAAAGAAAGAAGAAGCCAGAUCCGCAUUGUGCGGUAUGUGUGGGCAGCGGAAGAGUUGAUUGCCACCAGUGUUGUGGAAGGGGAAGGACAAACCAGCCUCAUUUGGAAAUGCUCCCGAAAGGUGAAUGGCCAAUAUGGUGUAGGACUUGUGGUGGAAGUGGUCUUAGUUACUGCGCCCGUUGCCUUGGGACUGGAGAGUAUAGAUAUAUCAUGGGCUUCCAGUUCAUGAACAGGGGCGAUAAUCAAUCCCAAGAAAACAAGUCUUAG